AUGAGUGAAAUCAAUGAAUCCCUAAUUGAGGCUCCUCUGAAGGCCUUGCUUGAAGAUGUGUUGUUCUGUUUGGAAGGCUAUCUUGAGGGAUAAAAUGAUUUGAAGAUGAUCGAACACCAAUUGAAAGACUACGAUUCAUUGGCAGGCCUUGUGAAAAUCAUCGGCAACGUUUUCAAAACCCUUAUGAAGAAAGUCGAUAAAAAAAUCACGCAACUCAAACUGAAUAUCAAUGAUAACAGUUCCUAUAGAAGUUAUCAUCCUGAAGAGGAGUAUGAGAAAUUAGAGCAAAUCAUCCAAAAGCACGAAGCUGAAAUCAGAGGACACAUCAGUAUCGAAUAACAACUCAAGUUGUAUAGUGAAACUCUGCAGCAAAAAAUUGAAGACUUGGAAAAACAACACAAAGAGACUAUUGAAUAAAUGCAUAAGCAAAUGCAUCUAUUGAAAAAGGAUCUGGGCAAAUCCAACGAGACUUAUCGUUAACUCAUCAAAGAAAAUGAACAAUUAAGAGAAUCUGUCGAACACCCUCCCAAAGCCAUCAUGCACACUGAAGGAGAAACAAAAAGUACUCUGACAUAAAUCUAUUAGUUUUGUCAUUCAGAUCACAGAUUAAAGAAGGUUGAUUAUAGUAGUGAGUAUCCCACUUCCAGUGUUAAUUUGCACUCCCAAAACUCCAUGAGACACUCCGCUCCUUUCAAAUCCCAGUCUUAACAUCACAAAUCAGGCAAACUCAACAAUCAGAUCCAGCAUCGCAAUUCCUAAGAAUAAGACUUAUUUAUCAAAUAUAAUCAACUCUUAAAAUCACAUGCCUAAUCAAUCACUCAAAGAUCUCAGAUUAUUUAAGCAAGUCAAUACUUACUCAAAGGAGGAUUUGCCAAUACCAAAAAACAGAGAAGCACACUCAAUGUCAUAUCUGAUAUUUGCAAUGCUUAAAUGCACAAGUCCUCACAAAGAAAUAAGAGCCAGGGAAACAGUGCAAAAGCAGGAAAUACAAACUCUUAAAACAAUAUCAAUGCCAGCAAUAAAUCUACUACCUAAAAAAUUAUACAAGAGACCUCUAAGACUAAUGAAGCCAUUCAGAGAUUACUUAAACUAAAAUGA